CAGGGGAGCCCAGAAUAUAGCAAAUGAGCUGUGAGAAUGAUACCCUCGCGCGCGCGUGAGUGUGUGUUUGCAGUGUAAUCCAUAUCUCUGCAAGUAGUAUCUCUGGAUUACAGAGACGUGUGAGCCCGCGCUCUUAUAUCUAUUCGCUCUUUCUUUACGCGCAGUUUGAUGGCGUCGCCACGCGCUCCUCUCUGCGUUCUCCGACCAUCACUUACGAUCUCACGAUUUAUUAACGGCGAGGACCACAUAUUAUGAUAGAUCACUGUCGGGAUUGGUUCUACAACAUUUUCGCCAAAGUGUUCUGAGGAAACUGUAUCUCCGCAUGAACUCAGAACCGAACCGUGAGAGAUAAUAGAAGAAGUUUGUUGGAUACAGGUGCGAUCUCUCACUAACUCCAGCUGAUGAUCACAGUCACGGACCUGGACUGCCGGAUUCCAGUAGAUCAUUUCGGAUCUAGCUCAAGAUGAAGUCUGCCGGAGCUGGUGAUGAAGGACUCUUCACCGAGAGCUACUGUAACAUCUGCAAUGCUCAGCUGAUCUCUGAGUCCCAGCGUGUGGCACACUAUGAGAGCAAGAAACAUGCCAAUAAAGUGCGUCUGUUCUACAUGCUCCACCCAGAAGAUGGAGGACCACCAUCCAAAAGACUGAGACCAGACAAUCCGGACAGUGCAGAGAAUGAGGUGGACAGAAAUAAAUGCUGUACGCUCUGUAACAUGUUCUUCACAUCUGCCAUUGUGGCUCAGUCGCACUACCAGGGCAAAACGCAUGCUAAGAGAGUACGCUUGGUGCUGGGAGAGUCGCCAAGUCUGCCCAAAUCCACAGAGUCGGCCCCUCCCACCCCUCAGACCACAGACACAACCCCUCCCACGUGGCAGCCGCUGACCAAUCACGGAGAGGCGGGCAAGUACUGCUGCUUGUGUGGCGCCUGGUUCAACAACCCACUGAUGGCACAGCAACACUAUGAAGGCAAGAAGCACAAGAGAAAUGCAGCGCGGGCGCGAUUGCUGGAGCAGCUGGCUGGCAGUCUAGAUGCCAACGAAAGUACAGUUCUGCGCCGGAGUUACUCAUGCAGCGUUUGCAAAGUGGUCCUGAACUCCAUUGAGCAGUAUCACGCACAUCUCCAGGGCUCCAAACACCAAAACAAUUUGAAACAACAUCAGCAAUGAAGAAAUACUCCAGCCGAAACAGAACACAAAGACCGUUUCAGGAAUUUACAGAACUCCACAAACUAUUUGUGAACUUAUAAGAAAAGAUGUCUUGUUUGGCCACAGGAAUUGUUAAUCUAUAAUACCUGAGUUUCAUUAAAUGUCAAGUGUUUUAUUUUUUAUUUAAGGUUGAUCUACUUUGGAAAUACCGGUCCUUUCAUGAGCGUAACGCAAAAGGAUGUCUAUGACCUCCAGAGAUAUUCAUCAUCUAACAUGAGCACACCAGCCCGAAGAGACAUUUUUUAUUUUUGCCUUUCAAACUCUUAUAUGCAGUGGCCUGUCAUUUAUCUGCUCUUCAAACGAGUCAUCGCUGCUUUGGUCGUUUGCUUUGGCAUGCUGGAGACAGAAAGAGAUCAUCAACCCUAUAUUCCAAGUGAUUUUGUCUCACUUGUGUGUGUGAAUGCUGCCAGUGAGGAAUCAAUUCAGCUGCCUUUGUGUGAAAUCUCUUUCUGCUAUGGUCGAAAACAAUGUUUCAGCACGAUUUCCAGCACUGUUCCCACAGACUAAACACAUGUCUUGUUUAUUCACACAACACGUCAGUGUCUCAGAGGGCACGACAUUCCUACACAGCUGUGAUGCUGCUUAAACACUGAUGUCAAAUGGAAUAUGCCAUCCAUAAAAAGGAGUCCAGAUGCAAUGAGUUGGCUUUUUUCACUCUGACUCAAUCACGGAUGAUUCACAUGGACGUAAAUGUUUGAACCAGGCUCUGAGCUUUAUCUAAAUCUAUGCCAAAAUGACUGCCUGUAAGACCAGAGCUCAGUGCCUGCUGUUUUAUGUACUGUAUGAAUGCUCUUUUUGUUUUUUUGUUUUUCUGAUGUGGCAUAAAAAAUAAAAAUGUGGUGUUUUUUCUCAUUAUCUUAGACUAUAUGGUAGCUACUAGACUAAAACUAAAACAGAUCUGGGGCCUCAUUUAUAAAUACGUGCACAGAAUAGCCGCUUUUCCACUUUCGGGGCAAACCGUUCUCUUUCCUUUACCUUUCCAUUCCUUGCAGAUCUGGCCCAGCCGGUAUGGAUUUGGUUUAAUUUUCCACUGUGGGGCUGAUAAUGGAGCUUUUUGGAAUAUAAUACAAAUUUGUCAGCUGUUGCCUUGUUAACGCCAGAGUUUACAGAUGAUAUGAGAUGUAAAUAGCAUCCACUUCAUGGAGGAUGAUGAGAUAUUUAUUUUAAUGUUACUAAUGCUCAAAUAGUGUGCUUGGCUAGCUACAAAAAACUGGUAGCCAAUCAACAGUUGCGGCGUCACUACACACAUUCUACCAGAGGUGUGUUUCCCGUACAAUGACGUUACUCGAUACUUCACUACCAUAGUCGGAUGCAUCGUUGAAGUAGUCAUGACUAGCCAAGACUGUUUCUGAAAAAAUGUUGUCACAAAGUGGUUAUACAUCCCACGCCCGUGGUGGAAUAAUGACUCAACCCAAUGGCGUAAAGGUGGCUAAUCAUUCUGAACGUGAGCAAACAAGCAUUUAAUAAAUGUUUAACAAGCAAGCAUUUUCAAAAUAAUAAUAAUAAUAAUUUGUAUCCUACAGAACGCCCACAAAUAGCCUUGCAAUGUUAUAUUCAUUCAUUGGCCAUGUUUACAUGCAACUCAUAAUCUGAUUCAAAAUCAUAUUCUCACAAAAAUGUGUACUUGACAUAUUAAAACCUCCUGUUCUUAUUCCAAGAUGUUAUUCCAGGCCUUUUAAAAUCUUUUGUUGUGGUGGUUUUAAAAAUAAGGCACUGACAAUUGCAUCAUUAGUGUUUGUCCAAAAAUCGAAUUCAUAACAGAAUAUUCCUGCAAAUGUAAAGGUUGUCACUCAUUUAUUUGUUGAUUCAGACAGUGAAUGUUUGUUGUUCCCUGUUUGUUCUUCUCUUUUAACAAAGGAUCAAAUCCAUGAGAUUUAGCAUCACAUAAUACAGUAUUUGCAAUUUAUAAAUGAGGCCUCUGUCACAUUAGUGUGAGAUUUAUGCAAAUCAGAGUAUAUCGGUAGCAACCAAGCCAGAUGUUUUGAAUGGUAUGGUUAAAUAAUGCAAAAAAAAAAAAAAAAAUAAAAAAAAGCUUUUUGUAAAUAACAUAUA